AUGCCUGACCUCACCGCGCCACACCCAAACCAAACACUCAGCAUUCAUCCCUUAGCAUCUCAUAUCAUGCCUAUUGCAGUUGCUCGAGCUGACAAGACCUCUUAUUAUAGCUCUUUUGGUACAAAUUCGUCCAAGCACUACAAGACUAGCACCACAUCAAAGGCAACACCUGUGCUCACUGAAUGGGAACCCAAGCCCAAUUCAACCAAACCAGCACCUGUACUUCCACCUCCAUCCAUGAAAAAUGGGGCUCGUAACGUUACAUGCAUCAGAAGACCCCUACCCUCGGAGGAGGGCAUACAAGAUAAAAAUUCAGUCGAAGAUAUUCCUGACAAUAGCGCGCGCCCAUUGUGUGAUGAUGUUCUUCGCCAGUCCUUCCAUUCUGACCUCCUUACUCCAACUGCAAGGGAAGUCUUGAGAUAUUUAAUUCUACCAUCUCAUAGUCAAAGCCUCAUGGAAUUUCCUGGCGUAGGACUGCGAGAAUUCAAAUUGAUCGAACAUGCGGUAGGGGAGACGGGCCGAAUCUCGAGGAAACCCAGGCUUUCUUACGACUACAACAAACGCCUACUCAUCGUCGACAUGCCCAGUAUCCUCCACAAGAGGUUCUUUGAUCAUUUGAAGGACGCCAUGGCUGCCUACUUUCUUUUCCUACCCUACGAUCGCGAGCUCAUCUCCCCAUUCCUCUCCAUGAACUAUUCACUGAAGCUGAGAGAUCAAGUAGUCACACCUGAUCUGACCAUGACCAUCACUGCGGUGGAGAACGCUCCAAAGGCGCAUGUCUUCACCAAAGUGGAGGAUGAAAUUAUUGCGCAUCCAGAAGCCGUAUUAGCAAUCAUAGUCAUUAUCCGCGAAGCGAUCAACUACCAGUGUCCUAAGGACAUCUCAACCGCAUCAAUUUCACUCCGUAAUGGUCGCAACAACCCCAAACCACUUCCUCUCACCGAUUUCCUUGCCUUACGUUCUAUGCCACGAGGGUUCAACCAGCCAAUCAGGAUCGCUGAUCACGACUGGGCUUAUUUGGCUUCUGUAGAAUAUUUUAUGUGGGUGAAAGGUGUUAACCAGGCUCGAAUCGACGUGCACAACACUAAUCCGCAGUUCAUGGCCCACAGCAUGUUGGGGUCUGUCUUGCAGAUGGACGCCAUAAGUGCUAUGCUUCAAAGGGGGAUGGAUAAGGUUAGGGACAUGAUGGCCCGUUUCUCAAGAACUCUCAAUAUUGCCGGGGAUUUCUCCACAUUGGAAGAAGCUGAGGUUAGGUUGCCCCUGAACUGGAGCAUUAGCGCAAAGUUCGCCCUCACCGCGGCUGAUCUUACCGCUCAUGAGCGCUAUGAAUCCUGGCAUGACGUGCGAUUCAAAGGUGCCAAACGCACGAAGCAGAACCACAAUCCACCUUAUAGUCCUUCGGAGUCAGAUCAUGAUGGUGGCUCAUCGGAGUCAGCUACUCCUCCUCCUCCUCGUACAUGCUCCCGCCGCACUUCUCGUACUCUUUGCAAGUGUGUGAGCACUUCCCAGCCUCCCCCGCGCAAAUCGAGGAGAACUAAGGGAAAAGCUCGGAAUACUGAUGUAUGA